UAUUAUUACAAUCUCUUCUUCUUUUAUUAGAUCCCAAUACAUCACUACAGCCUAAACAUGGCACAUAGUAAUCGCGAUCCAACCACCUCUCGCCACGUGGCGGUAAUUGGAGCCGGAGCCGCCGGGCUCGUGACUGCUCGUGAGCUACGUCGUGAAGGCCACUCAGUGGUCGUGUUAGAGCGCGGGAGCCAGAUUGGAGGCGUGUGGACUUACACCUCUCAAGUGGAACCUGACCCGCUAAGCCUCGACCCAACCCGACCCGUAGUCCACUCGAGCGUUUACAAAUCCCUACGCACCAACAUCCCCCGAGAGUGCAUGGGUUUCACCGACUUCCCUUUUGCGGCCCGACCACACGACGGGUCAAGGGAUCCGAGAAGACAUCCGGGUCACAGUGAGGUUCUUGCUUACCUGCGAGACUUUGCUAAGGAAUUCGAUGUAGAGGAGAUGAUAAGGUUCGAGACGGAGGUUGUUAGGGCGGAACCGGCGGCGGAUGAGGAGAAUAGAGGGAAGUGGAGGGUGGAGUCUAGAAGCUCCGAUGGUGCUGCCGAUGAGAUAUACGACGCCGUCGUGGUUUGUAACGGACACUAUACAGAGCCACGUCAUGCUCAUAUCGCUGGCAUACAUUCAUGGCCAGGCAAGCAAAUUCAUAGUCAUAAUUACCGUGUUCCUGAUCCAUUCAAAGAUCAGGUACUUGCACAAGGAUCUCAUCACUAUACUGAAGCUUGUGGUCUCGUCAAAUCAUUGGUCUCCUCGCUCAACUCUUGGAUGGUUUUCUUUUUAUUUCCCUUGCAGAUAGUAAUAGUGAUCGGAAGCUCAGCGAGUGGCGUUGAUAUAAGCAGAGAUAUAGCAAAAGUCGCUAAGGAAGUCCACGUCUCGUCUAAAUCGACUUCACCAGAUACCUACGAGAUGCUUCCCGGUUACGACAAUCUAUGGCUUCACCCAGUGAUUGAAACUGCCCGCAAAGAUGGUUCAGUGGUUUUCCAAAAUGGAAAGACGGUUUACGCAGAUACCAUAAUGCAUUGUACCGGGUACAAGUAUUACUUCCCGUUUCUUGACACAAAAGGCGAAGUGACGGUCGAUGAUAAUCGCGUUGAACCGUUGUAUAAGCAUGUAUUUCCUCCGGCUCUUGCCCCCGGACUUUCUUUCAUCGGCUUACCAUGGCAGAUCACUCCCUUUCCGAUGUUUGAGCUUCAAAGCAAGUGGGUUGCAGCGGUUUUAUCUGGAAGAGUAUCUCUCCCAUCGCAAGGCGAGAUGAUGGAAGACACCAAGGCUUUCUACAAUAAGCUCGAAGCCUCGGGUAUUCCCAAGCGAUAUACGCAUUUGAUGCCAGAUGACUCCCAGUUUGAAUACGAUAAUUGGCUUGCGGAUCAAUGUGACUAUCCACGGAUAGAGAAAUGGAGAGAAGAAAUGUUUUACAUUGGCUUCAAGAGAAUUUAUGCACAAUCCGCUACUUACAGGGAUAAUUGGGACGAUGAUCACCUCAUCGUAGAAGCAUACGAUGAUUUUGUUAAGUUUAUGUCAAGCUAUCCAGAACUUUUGCCGUUGUUGAAAACCUAAACGGGUGAUAAAUAUGACUUGGAAGCUUUGUUAUGUGAAGAAGGUGCGUGUGUAUGUUUUGGAAGUGUUUCUUGUGGCUACUUUGUUUCCAAAAUGUGAAAACGUAGAGUAAUAAGGCUAAUAGCCUAAUAAGAAUGUGGGACUACAUGUAAUAAUAAAUGUAUUUUACAUAUAAGAAAUUAUAUGGAUGAGUUCAUCAA